AUGCACCAGUAUGUCUACGUCUUCUCGCGCCAGUCGGGCUCGGACAACUCCAUCGUCAUCCCGUCCUCAUCCUGGAUACAGAAACACAUUAGCGCCCGCUUCCGCGUCUUCCUCAACUUCCAGGUCCGCCUGUCCGAGGCCAACGGCCGCGCCAGCCCCAUGCCGGGCUACUUCCAAGGCUCCAUGGUCGCGCCCAACCAGCCGUGCCCGAGCGCGCUGCACGAGACGUGGCGCGUCAAGAUGGACGACCCGCACGAUCCCGACACGCGCGGACACUACUUUCAGACGUGGCACCCCGCGUGGGAUCCGUGCUUCUGGUGCGCGUACGGCCACGAGCACGGCAGCUCGCCGCAACACCUGAUGCGGUACACGCCCAAGUAUGGGUACGCCGCAUGGAAAAACGACAGGGAGUCCGAAGCGGACCCCGGCUUCAAGGGCUUUGUGUUCCGCGUGGGCGUGUUCAACGUGUUCUACAUGCUGCACGCACAGGCAAGCACGCUGCGCCGCGUCAACGAGGAGUACCACACGGUGCAGCUGGUGGUCAAACGGGCCGACACCGGCGCGCUGAUGCUGGACAUCACGCAGAAGGCGAGCUUCGGCUUCCUGUCGGCGCGCGGGCGGCACGACGACUUCGUGCCACUGACGGCGUACGACGCGCGCAUGCAGGAAUUGCAGAAGGCCAAGGAUGUGCCGCGGCGCUUCCGCACCAUCAACGUCGUCGACAUGGGCCACCUGGACCGGCGCUUCCGCUACCAACGCAACCCGAUGGAGGGCGUGUACGAAAUGUGGAUGACGACGAUCCAGUGCAUGAAGCACAAGGCGUUCGGCGGGUUCAUCGUGGACCUCAAGGCGCCGGGCACGGGCAUAGUGUCGGCUGCUCGGAGCGACGUGGCCGUGCGGCUCGGGCCCAACGGCGAGUGGGAGGGCAAGACGCGGUUCCUGCGCAACGUCGGGGCGGCGCGCAGCGUGCGGCUGGACGAGGGCACGUUCGGGGCGGAGUUCUGUAAGUUCUCCAACGCGCCCAAUGCCUCCGUCGACGGGUACUUUUACACCAGCCCACGGGCAGACGUGCUGCUGGACCGUCCCGGCAAGGGCGCGAUUCGGCAGUAUAUCGACAAACGCUUCUUCAUGCAGGUGCGCGGAAGCUACGAACCCGCCGAGCUCGGGCUCGGCCUCCACACGCACGAGGCGCGCGGGUUCUUCGGGGACAUCGGGUAUGGCCUUGACCCAGACAGCAACUGA